AGGGCUCCCGGCCCAAAUUGAAGCUGGAUGGGGGCAAUAGGCUCCCGUCCCUCGGGCCUCCGUGCCCGCGCGGGAGCUUGGCCUUUGGGCGCUGGGAAAGUCAGCGCCAUGGCGUCCGACUCCUCCCAGAUCGUGGUGAGCGUCGCCAGCUGGUGCGUAUGCUCCGUGGGGAUGAUGGUCUUUAACAAGGUGGCCGUGUCCUUCUUUCCGGCGGAGUGCUUCUUGGUUGCCCUCCAGAUGGCCGUGGCAUGCUUCGCGCUGCUGGCCUUCGCUUGGAGGACGAUUCACAUCGGCUCCCUCUACGACGUGAUGAGGUGGAUGAUGGUGAUACCGUUCUUCAGCGGGAUGUUGCUGACCUCCAUGCUGGCGCUGAAGAAUGCACCCAUGUCCUUGGUGGUGGUGCUUCGUUGCCUUUCCCCCAUCGCGGGCCUCGCGGUGGAGAGCUUCUACCCAAAGCCCAUUCAGGUGAGCGCGGGCAUGCUGGGCUCCAUCUUCAUUAUGCUUGCAGGCAGCGCCCUCUAUGCUUCUCGCAUGCCUCAUCAUCAGCUGGCGGGUGCCGGCUGGGCCUUGCUGAACAGCGGCUUUGCGGUGGGCGACCGGCUGCUGCAGAGGCUGAUGCUGGCAGCAGACCAGAAGCCGGUCGACAUCUCCAAGACUGGAGUAACUCUGCUGAACAACCUGGCAGGUAUGGUACCGGUGCUCGUGUGCGCUGCUGCGACACAGGAGUGGAAUGAGCUUCCUCAUUUGUCAGACCUCUCCUUGACUGCCUACCUUUGGAUUGCGGCCUCCUGCGUCGUGGGCGUGGGCAUCAGCUACACCGGCAUUUGGUGCCAGAGCCUGAUCAGCGCCACUGGGUUUCUCAUCCUGAUAAACGUCAACAAGUUUGCCAUCAUUAUCAUUGAGGCCUUGUGGAUGUCAAAAGAGCUCACUUGGGCCCAAGUGGUCGGCGCAGUGAUCACAGUCUUCGGCGGCGUCACCUACGGCAAGGCGCAGGAGGCACUUGCGGAAAAAGAGAAGGACUCGGAGAAGGAGCCUUUGGUUGCCCAGACUGCAUGAGGAGAGUCCAUCCCAUGCUUCAAUGAAGCUCGGCGCCGGCGCCCUGCCCGGAUUCUGCAACGACAUUGCGUAGCAGGUGCCCAA